CGACACAGCUCUACUCUACGCAACAACCCUAGUGAAAAUACGCUUUGUCCGAAAACAAACUGCAUAAAAAGUGAUUUGGGUAAAAGGAACGUAAAUUAUUAGUCUUGUUGUCUAGUUGAAGUGACAGAAAUUGAGAAAAGGUUAAAAAACUACUUGUUACGCGCUCGCAAAGGUUAAAAGUAACGGCCUCAAAAUUGGCAAAAUACGGAAAAACAAGAAAAUGAGCUACAAUGAGAAAUGUGAGGCCAUCACAAAAGAAGAAUGGUUGCAACGAUUAGAGCAUUUCCCAUUUAAGCAGGCGGACAUGAAUCGUUUAAUCAUGAACUACUUGGUGACAGAGGGAUUCAAGGAGGCAGCUGAGAAGUUCCAGCAUGAAGCAGAACUGGAACCGAGUGUGGAGCUGAGUAGUCUGGAUGAUCGCAUAUUGAUAAGGGAGGCGGUUCAGGCUGGACGGAUUGAGGAGGCCACGCAUCUAGUGAAUCAACUGCACCCGGAUUUGCUGGGCAGCGAGCUCUAUUUGUAUUUCCACUUGCAGCAACUGCAGUUGAUUGAACUGAUUCGAGCUGGAAAGGUGGAGGAAGCUUUGCAAUUCGCUCAGUCCAAACUGUCCGAGUCGGGGGAGGAGAUCCGCUUUGAGCUGGAGCGAACACUGGCACUGCUGGCAUUCGAGAAGCCACAGGAAAGCCCAUUCGCCGAUCUGCUGGAGCAGUCGUACAGGCAGAAGAUUGCCAGCGAACUGAACUCGGCGAUAUUGAGAUGCGAGCACAGCGAGGAUUCAACGCCAAAAAUGAUGUUUCUGCUUAAACUGAUAUUGUGGGCACAAUCGAAGCUCGAUAGUCGUUCCAUUAGCUAUCCGACAAUGAAGAAUCUUGAGACUGCGCAGGUGGAGCCCAAAUAAAUGGAAGGGAAGAAAAGGGGCGAGUGCGGGUGGAAUCUUUAGCAAAUAAUACCAAUUUCUAUUUCUAUAUAUAUAUAUAUUAUAAACUGUAUGCAUUAGGAUUUUAUGUUGCUAUUAAAAAAUGCAAAAUGCGAGAAGCUUUAAGUGGUUUCCCAACAGCAA